AUGCAUAAGUCGAGGGAUCCGCUAAUCGUCGGGGGGAUCGUUGGCGAUGUUGUCGACUACUUCGACGCGUCGGCACGGCUGAGGGUGCUGUACGGCAACCGCGAGAUCAUGGCUGGGUCCGAGCUGAGGCCGUCGCAGGUGGCGAACCAGCCCACGGUGCACAUCACAGGAAGGGCGGGAUCACUCUACACGCUGGUGAUGGUAGACCCUGAUGUGCCUAGACCAAGCGACCCUUGCGAACGGGAGUACCUCCAUUGGCUUGUCACAGACAUACCAGAAGGAGGUGACGUGGGACAUGGCACUGAGGUGGUGGCGUACGAGAGGCCGCAACCGACGGCGGGCAUCCACCGUUUGGCAUUCGUGGUGUUCCGGCAGAUGGCGCGGGAGGCCAUCUACCCACCAGGGUGGCGCUCCAACUUCGUCACGAGGGACAUGGCAGAGUGCUACAGCCUUGGCGCUCUGGUCGCCGCCGCCUACAUCAACUGCCAGAGGGAGGGCAGCUGCGGUGGCCAGAGGUGGCAGGGGUGA